UUCAUGAUCCGGGUCACCCAACGGCGUCCAUAGCGACAGCCACUCGCUCUGCAUGGCAACCGACCGCUGACAUGCCGGAUUGUGUACAGCGCUUUAAUACCGUAACAAGAUCUUCACUGGUUUGAUAUUAUAUAAAGUGGCGGCGCUGCCCCUCGCUUAGGAUUUAAAAAGACUGUGUGGAACGCAAUUGUAACGUGUCUGUAACACAGCUGUCGAGCUCUGCCCCAAGUAAAAAUGGCGCUUCUGAUGGCAUCAUCGCAUCAAAAAAAGUACUUCCGUUGAUGACCAAAACAAACAUGGCGGAGAAGCGGCGGUCUGGUGCAGUGGUGGUCGAGGAGGACUCAAAACCCCCCAAACCGGACACGGAGAGAGAGUUUCUGUCGCAGGUGGGAGUGGAGGGGCCGCUCCGAGGGGCGCUGCUGAAGCUGCUGGAGGCCAGGGCGGAAGACCCCAUCGCUUUCCUGGCCGAUCACUUCACGAAUUUGGCGCAGGCAUCCGAAAACGGGGCAGCGAGCGGCGGCUGCGGAGCGGAGCAGCAGCUCCGGGCGAGAGCGCUGUGGCACCUCGGCCUUGCCCAUCACUCCCAGAGGUGCGCCUUCAGCAACAACGUGCGCCUGGCCUACGAGCUCCUGGCGCAGGGCGGCGGGCGCCGGCGGGGCGGGCUGCGGGGCCAGGCCUACUCGGAUCCUGUGCUGAAGCUGCAUGGACAGUCCUCUGUCCGCCCUGCCUUGUCGAGACGACUCUGUCGGCACGAACUCGUGAUUAAUCCACAGAACAAUCAGUAUGAGUUUCCACGUGUGACGCGCGUGACUUGGGCACGCUCACAUCCCCGCGGCGAUGUCGUGCUGGUGUGUGAGCGGUCACGGAGCACCGUGCAGGACAGAGCCCCGGCGGCCAAUAACUAA